AUGUCUAAGCUCUUCGUGCACGGCCUUUCAUGGCAUACGAAUGAUGAUACCCUUCGUGAGGGAUUCCAGCAAUUUGGAGAGAUCCAAGAAGCUAUCGUGGUCAAGGAUCGCGCAACAUUGCGCAGUCGUGGAUUUGGCUUUGUUCGCUUUGCCACUGAUGCCGAGGCCGAUGCGGCUAUGAAUGCGAUGAAUAACGUGGAAUUCGACGGUCGGACCAUUCGUGUCGAUAAGGCAUUUGACCGACCCAGCCGCCCGGACGGUGGUUUCCAGGGUCGCGGCGGUUACAACCAGCAGCCCGGUGGUGCACCCGGUGGAGGAUUCCAAGGUAGCGGUGCCGGUGGUGGCUAUCAGGGAGGUGCCGGUGGUGGCUACCAGCAGGGUGGUAACCGUGGAGGAUACGGUGGCUACAAUAACCAAUACGGCAAUGGUGGUGGUGGUGGUUACGGUGGAGGUGCUGGAUAUAACCCCGGCUAUGGCGGUGGUGGCGGUGGUGGUGCAGGAUGGCGUAACAACCAAGCUCCCGGCCCCGAGGGCAACUAA